AUGGCUUCUUCCAAGAGUCCAUAUCUAAAGUUUAAGGAUCAAAGUUUUUUCAGUCUCAUUUAGGAAGAAGGCAUAUCUCUAUUUUUGUAGAUCAACAUAAUUUUAGAUUGGUUUUGUGAAAUUUCCAUCAUCUAUGAUAUUUAUAUACCUCCAGAACUACACAUCAUAUAAGUAAAUCACCACCUUGAUGAUACAGUGAUUAUUUAAAUUAAUGAGAAUUCAAGAAUCUAAGUACCUUUUUUAUUUUUAUUAUUGAGUCUCACUUUCCAUUCUGUUUAGUAUUGA